AUGCCGUGCGACGAUGAGGACAGCAGCAGCAGCAGCAGCAGCGGCGGCAGCGUGGACGAGCUGGCGACCCGCAUGGCAGAGUCACUGCGGCUGAAGAUGCCACGAAGGGCGGCGGCGGCUCAGCGAGCCCGCGCCGCCCCUUACCCGGCUCGCCGCGAGCCUCCUCCUCCACCCUCCCUCGCCGGGGGUGCCCUCGGUGUGCCGCCGCCGGGGGGGGGAGCCUCCCUCGGGGGUCUCUCUCCGGGGUCGGCGUCCCCUGGGCGGCCCGAAGAGCCGGAGCCCGAACCCCGCGAUGUCCUCUACGAGCUGCUGAUGAGCGGCAAUUUGAUCAAAGAGGCCGUGAAUCGACUCCGGGCCACGUGCCGCGCGUGA